AUGAGCGAUGACGUGGUAAAAUGCUUGGAAACGCCCCAGAAUACACGAGUCCACUCAAGGACGCCAUCUGCGUCACUCAUGGACAAAGCUCCAUUCGCAGGCUUCCUAUUCCCGGACCUCAGGGCUAUCUACAGUCUCAAGCUCCACGAGCUUCCAGAAAUCGCAUGCACCGAAGUGACGUUGUUCGGGUUCGAAAUCUACAUUGUAGAACAGUGGGCGCUUGAGCGCAAGCAUUCCACCAUAAUAACCUCGUACACGGGAAACUCGCAGGAUAUCGUUCGCGCGGUCAAAUUCGCACUCCCCGAGUCUCAACAGUAUUGGCCCCGCGCCUUUAAGGAGUACUACGAGGAGCUCAUACAAUAUUCUGCUCCGAAAUGGACAGAGGAUGGCACGCUUUUUGUCAGCACGUCCUCAGAAAUACCUUCCGCAUUGAAUCUUCUUCAUGUCGAGUGUGGGGACUUGCGGAAAAUAUGGGACGUCUUCAAAGUCAAUAUAGGUCUCAAGCGGCUCCAAUGCGGCGGCCGGUCUGCACUUCUAUUGUGUGAACCCUCAGGAGCCUCGUGCGAAAAGUUCACGCAGCUCUACAAAGUUGCUGCGCCCGCCACAAGCUCUCAGGAACAGGAGUAUAGCUAUUCUACCCACGCCGUGGUCGAAUUGAUAACACUAGUACAAAUUUCUCUGGUCUACUUUAACCUGCUGGAUUCCAGGUGUAAAGACGGUAUAUUGUGCACGUCCACUGAAAACGCCAUCAAGGAUUGGUGGUCCAUAUAUGGGACACUAUACCUGGGCUGCGAUAGACCCCGCCAUGAGGGUCCAUUAGGCCCUACAACCGUGGCCGGACUCAUCAGCCUGGUGCUGACCAUUUUUUUCAAACUAACCGUUGUUAACUGCAUGCCCACGAAGGAGCCCUUUGAUGAAGGAUCUUUUCGCAGUGGCCUUUAUCUGUUCCAAAAAAAGUACGGCCUCUUCAAAGCCAAUGUAAAAACACUUUCUGUUUUGGAUCCGAUCCUGAUCUCCAAACUAUUUGAGGUUACGCCGAAAGCCUCCAAUACCGAUAUUUUCAAGAUAAAGAAAGUCGUGAAGUCUACGGUCCAGGAUAUUGCCGGUAAGGGCAAUCCCAUGCAACUAUCUAACGGUAUUUUGACGACAGAUUUAGACUACCUGACCCGAAAUGUACAUGGGAGUAUUUUGUGCUUUCUCUGGCGCGGUAAAAGUGCAAAACAGCCAGCUCAAAGAAAAAAACCGAAAGCUAGGUUCAGCGAAGCUGUGUUCAACAAAGGAGACCCCACAGACCAGAUUCUAAAAUCUAAUGUGGUUGCGACAAAAGGAAACAAUGAACUUUGGGCCGACUCGCAGGAGAAACUUAGCCGUGAAGAUAAAUACCAAACUUACGAUUUCGAACACAAUUCUGCAAAAAAGGACGGAGUCGGCAACCACAGGGAGAAUACUUCUCAUCGGAAAGAGAGCGUUUCAAAACCCGACAAACAAAAUAUUUAUUUUCGGACUGAAUUACAUCGAAGAUCAUCUACACCAUAUCUCCCUCAGGACGUGAAUUUACUACAGAUUGACUAUGAAAAUAUUCCCCCCACGACGUGCCCUCUCAAUGCCCUAGAGACUCGCCGAAACAGUUUCUCCGUUAUUCAAGAUGCAGUUGAGUUGUGGAGAUACCCUUUUGAACCAUCCCCUAUCAAGAGCGCUCGUAACGUUCUUUUUAUGGAAAAAAGCAUCAAGAGUCAAAGUAAGGCUUUGAAUGAGGCGCGAGAGCACGCUUGCUCGGAAACAAGUGACCACCGUGAACCGGUGAGGCAAGUGUAUACUAGACUGAACUUUAAGCUGAAGGAACUUGAGCAGUUGCGCGAUACAUUGUCUGGAAAACAUUCACUAGUGCUAAGCGACAUGUCUGAACUGGAUUCCCUUGCAUCGAAACUGAAGUACGACCUCCGCAGUUUAGAGGCUCGCAUGAGAGAUGUCGAUGAGCGGAUGGCACAGUUUCGUUCCAAAAUCAACAGUAUGGCCUGGACAAUGGAAAACAGUAAGACGAGUCAUCUGAUGACUUCAUCACUGUACAGUAACCCCAAGAAGCUCGAUGGGUACGCUCGGGACAUUUUAGAGCGCGCGAACAAGUUUAGGUCCAGCGGGGUGAUUUUGAAUCUGUGGAAUAAUGCGGGCGAUUUGUCUUCGCUGUUUUUGAGAGAAGCACAUCGAUAUUGGGUGAUCUUGAGCAAACAGUUUGUACCACAGAAGCUUUCCGGGCAAUACAGAGCAGAGCGUUCGCAUAAAUAA